CUUUAAUAAUCAUCUUGUCAUUCGCGAAGUACCGAGCGCCGCGUGCGCAUGUCGACUCGCGCACAGCGAACAAUUAAUUGCUAUAGUUUUGUGUUUUUCCUACAAUGAUUAGACACAUAACCUGCCUCCUGAUCGUCGCGCUGGCUGUCCCCAGCUACGAACAGGAUGUGCCAAUAUCACCCUGUCCCAAUGUGUUCAUGUACGAACCACUGGGCGCCGAGAAGAACAGGUGGUAUGGUGUUGUCAACCUGUCCACCGAUAGCACUCUCCAUGGGUUAUGGCUGAACAUCGUGCUCGAUGGCAAGGCAGACAUCCUUGGGAAUUGGAUCGGCGACGUCUCGACGUCAGACAACAAGGACUUCAAAGUGGAGAACAGCGACAUGAUGAUUCACCCUGGCCCAGCGGUGGCUGUGCGGUUCUUCGUCCAAUACAACAUACUCAACCCUACCCCCAAGCUUAAGACCAUCAGACUGAAUGGCAGGGAGAUCUGCAAUGCGGAUAUACGCUCACCAGUCACUCCAGACACUAACUGGGCUACGCCGAAACCCACCAAAGCGCCCACCAGGCCUGUUCCAGACAGAACAACAGAAAGGGUUGUCACGCAGAGACCCAUAACAGAAAGACCUGUAACAGACUGGGCACAAGAACACCCGGUGUAUAGACCACCUUCUGGCGGUAGUCCCAACCCUGUUGAUAUAGCUGGUGGUCAUGACACCUCCAACGGCAUCAAGAUCGUGGACUGGCCUCCCAGACGUCCAGGAACCACCACGGAAGCAGAUGACAGCCAAGAGAAAGGAGGUGGAGGCUUCGGAGGUGGUCUGCCGGUGGUCUUCGUGCCUGGAAGGCCCACGUCCAGACCCCCGAUGUUCGACGAGGGGAACAACAACAAACCACAGGUGCAGUGCGGUUCAGUAGUGAAGCAGAACCCUAAAAUCCUGAACCCUCUGAUCGUCAAUGGUGUCCCGACCUACGAAGGCCAGUGGCCCUGGCAAGUGGCCUUAUACCAGACCCAGGUAACAGUGGAUAACAAGUACAUCUGCGGGGGCACCCUGGUGUCGGAACGCCACAUCGUGACGGCUGCCCACUGCGUCACCCAGAAAGGAUCCAACAGGCUCACCGACAAGAACACACUAACAGUCUACCUGGGUAAACACAACCUGAGGACGUCGGUUGAAGGGGUACAGAUCAGGCUUGUGUCUCAUAUCCACAAAUACCCUGAGUACAACGGCUCGUCGUACCAGAUGGAUCUGGCCAUCCUGGUUCUCCGGGAACCGGUUUUCUUCACCGACUGGGUGCGGCCGGUGUGCCUCUGGCCUGACAGCGACACCAGCCUCAAUACCAUCGUCGGGAAGAGGGGAUCGGUGGUAGGAUGGGGUUUCGACGAGACAGGCGUGGCGACUGAAGAGCUGAGCCUGGUGGAAAUGCCCGUGGUGAAAACCGAGACCUGCAUCAGAUCCUACAGCGAAUUCUUCGUGCAAUUCACCUCGGAGUACACGUACUGCGCUGGAUAUAGAAACGGAACCUACGAUGAACGAACCGGAAGAAUAACAAGUACAUCGGUGUGCAACGGCGACAGCGGUGGAGGGAUGGUUUUCAAGAUCAACGGGCUAUGGUACCUCAGAGGGCUGGUCUCCCUCUCGGUAGCUAGGCAGAACGAGUACCGCUGCGACCCGUCGCACUACGUCGUGUUCACUGAUAUUGCUAAGUUCUUGCCUUGGAUCAAGGCUCGUCUUAGCGAGUAGGUAGUCUAGGUAAUAAAUGGUUUGUACAGCCUGAACGAGCUAACUGCGCAACUUGCUGGAAUGCGACUCUCCAUCCCACUUACCAGCACACCUCAUUCGCCAGUCCAUAUUAGAGCGUUGAUGUGACGUCACGGCUCAAGGUGCGCAGUUAACUCUAACGGGUUGAGAGAUAUAGACCGUUUCAUCCACUAAGACGCGCCCCACCAUUCUUCCGCUAAUGUUUGAGUGUUAGGUACACGCUAAAUUUCCAUGAGUGCCCACGCACACUACAAUAAUGACGCUCGGAUUGCUCAGAUCAAACUCCCCGCACCCCGCGCUACCCUCGACCAAAAAUUCUUCGUGGAUGAAACGAUCUAUUCUUAUAGGGUCGGCGAGUCAUGCUCUCUAACGGGACCACAUGGAACUCUCUAAAAUUGUAUUGGUGUACCUACUUAGUAAGAAUAUUAUGUAGAAUUAAAAUGUAAACUCGUACUUAUGCAUUUUAAGUUAUAGGAGGUACAAAUUAAGUACAAAUAGUCAGUAUCGAAAUUGCAGCUAUUGAUCAAAUAAUGAGGAAUAUUAUGAACAUUAUAAGAACAUUAUGGAUGUAGCAGAUCUAC